AUGCUUCACCUCACUCUGCUCAGCUUCGUCGCGGGCCUGGCUAAUUUCCCAGUCGCGUUGGCCCACCACGCAUACUGCUCCUGGGCGUACGUGCCUGGCUCGCCUGCGGACAGCGGCUUCACGCGCCACUGUCUUGCGCCCAAGAUCUACAUCGACAGCACCCACGCUCAGUAUAAGUGUCUGGAAAGGCAGGUCGUGGCCGAUUGGGGCUAUCUCCGACCGUACACCCUUGAAUUUGCCACGCCCUGCGGGGACUCUGGCUAUGCGCUGAGGGUCCAUCAUAAGCAUCAUCACUGCGACCACGACGUCUGGGCCCUCUGCAACGCCACCGCUCAGGCCAACGACCCUCAGGGCUACAGGUGCUACUAUAUGAAAUCUCAUGACGAUUGCGAGUGGCCUCUCACCUUCGAGAACCAGGAUGACCUGCCUGCGGCCGUUGAUGUCUGGCAUCUUUGA